CAGCUGUAUGUAAUUUCUACCUAAUUCUCUCUCUCUCUCUCUCUCCCUCCCUCUCCUUUUACCUUCACCAGCUGCCACCCUCCAAUGUUCAGUUGCUACCUUUCUUUCCUAACAAGCACAUUCCUUUUAAAUAGUCUCAAUUAUCAUAAGAAACUGCACUGCAUUGGUACCCAACACAGCGCGUCUCUCUGAAUCCCUCUUGCUCAGCUAUUUUGUCAAAUUAUGAUAGUUUCCCAACGGCGUAUUGAUCUAGUGAAAACCAAGGCCGAAGCCAGGUAUCAAAUAUGGAUCGCAAAGCCAGGGUUUAAUCUUGGAGAAUUUGGACAGUUUCACCACAAUUUCCUUGAUUUUAGGGGUGUUGUUUACUAAUGCCGUUGAGACCACAGAAUCAGAUCAUCAAUUUCAGGACUUAGGGCUAAAACUUUGGGGAAAAUAUGGAACUGGAAUUGAGCCUGAUUUUCAUGAUCAGCACCGCAUUAGCCUUGCUCUGUUGUCCAUCCACACAUGGCGCAACUGCUGCAUCUCCGGCACCGGCCCCGGUCCCGGCCCCGGCUCCGGCUCCGGGCCCAGAAUUCGUCAACCUGACAGACCUUCUCACAGUGGCUGGCCCAUUCCAUACCUUCCUGACAUACCUUGAAUCCACCAAAGUGAUUGAAACCUUCCAAAACCAAGCCAACAAAAGUGAUGAAGGGAUCACCAUCUUUGUGCCAAAAGAUGAAGCAUUCUCAUCCCUUAAGAAGCCCUCCCUCUCCAACCUCACCCAAGACCAGCUCAAAUCGCUCUGCCUCUUCCAUGCCUUGCCACACUACUACAGCCUAGCAGACUUCAAGAACCUCAGCCAAUUAAGCCCGGUUAGUACCCUAGCCGGUGCCCAAUACUCUCUGAAUUUCACCGAUGAGUCUGGAACGGUGCACCUUAGCUCAGGAUGGGCGCACACAAAAAUCAGCAGCAGCGUGCAUUCGACUUAUCCUGUCGCCGUUUAUCAGGUUGACAAGGUCCUCCUUCCCGAAGCCAUCUUUGGCACCAACAUUCCUCCAACCCCGGCACCAGCUCCAUUGCCUAAUAUUGCUCCAGAUGGAAAUGCUCAUGCUGGGCCUGUAGGCAGCAAAUCUAGUCCAACAUCUUCCCCUAGAUCAUCAUCCUCAUGUAGGAUUGCUGGCCUGAUGAGUACUUGGAGUCAGUUGGCUUUGGCUGUUUCGGGCUGCCUUGUAUUGUUCUUGUAAGCGAGAGGGCGAUUGAAUUAUGCCGGCUAUUUAAUUUGUCUUAAGAUUUACAAUGUAUGAGAAUUUGGAUUCAUCUGCUGUAACUACUCUCUUUGUUUAAAUGGCAUUUUUACUUGGUUUUGAGUUUGAGAA